UAGGUAUGACAACUGUAUUGAUUACUUGGAACUCCACUUAUUUUCAAACCUCCUACAAAAUAAAACAAUGCCUGUUUUUUGAACGAUAUAACGUUAAAAAGUUUAUAAAAAUGUGGCAAGAUAAUCAAGUCAAGUUUGACGUUGCUCUUUCGCAAAUGGAAAUGAGAUUGGGCGAACAUUUGAUAGAUAAACUUGAGAUGGUAGAAGAUACCAAAGGUAACGCAGGUGAUCGUGGUCGCCUGUUAAUAACAAACCUUCGCCUUAUGUGGCAUUCUAUAUCGUAUCCACGAAUCAAUUUGAGCAUCGGCUUUAACACGUUCGUUACCGUCACGACAAAAAUAAUCAACACAAUCUACGGAGGAACAACACAAGCUUUGUACAUAUUAACUUCGUAUAGAAACUGCAGAUAUGAAUUCUUAUUUAGCAAUUUGGAUACACGAAGUUCUCGUCAUUAUACCUCAGUGAUGGGUGUUCACAGAGCUUACAUUUCAUCAAAAAUAUAUAGGGAAAUGAAGUUAAGAGUAGGAAUCAUCCAUGACAAGCGACUGACGCUGUUGCCGCAAGAAACAGUGCAUGAAACAUUACCAGGAGUGUGGAAUUUAUCGACUGAACAAGGAAAUGUUGGAACUUUCAUUGUUACUAACAUAAGGAUUGUUUGGUAUGCUGAUAUGAAUCAACAGUUUAAUGUGUCCAUGCCUUAUCUAACAAUAGCUAAUAUAAAUGUUAGAUCUUCUAAAUUUGGACCUACACUGGUGAUAACAAGUACAGAAUCAUCUGGUUCUUAUAUUUUAGGAUUUAGAGUCGAUCCGAUUGACAAACUUUAUUCUUUACACAAAGAAUUAGUUUCCCUUAAUGCAGCCUAUAACAAAUCACCCAUUUUCGGUGUGGAAUAUACAUUUGAACAUCAGUCAGUUCCUCAACCCGAAUCAAUUACCGAAAAAUUCACUGAAAUUGAAUCAUCUGAAGAUGAAAUAUCAAACGUCUUUAAUAUGUAUUUCUCGGAAGGAGGAGUUAACCAGAGAAAGCCAGUAUUAUCCAACAGCUUGGGACUUGCAACUGAAGAACCAAGAGAAGGAAGUACUUUGGAAAUGCUAUGGGAAUUGCUUCCAUCAACAAAGUAGCCGUGAAAAAUUAUUUGGGAUGAAUAAUUACUCUCUCUCUUCUGUAUAGUGCAAACUCUUUGAUAUGCAUACAUAUAUGUAUGCAUCAAGUAUUUAUACAUAUUUUUUUUUAAUAUUAACAGAGCUUAGCUUGGUCUACAAGUUGGAUUAUUCGAAGAUUCUUGUUGAUCUUCGUUGUCGUCGUGAGUGCUACCAGAGUUAAGCGAAUAUCUGUAUCCCAUAUUGAAAAGCAUUACCUCAAAGUGAUCAGAGUUCAUACGCAUAUAAUUUGCUAUCGCAGCUUCGUUUGAGUUUUCGACCUCCCAGACAUUUACACUUCCGUCCUGCGAAAAAUAAAUUUGAUUUAAAUUAGAUUGAAAGAUUAAUCGUGUUUAGCUUUAGAUAUACAUUUUUAUCCCCAAUUUAAUUACCUCAGGCAUUGGACUCCACAAUCUUAUAACUGAAUCUAUACCACUAGUAGCCAAUAGACAAGUUGACGGAUGUGGCUGUAAACAGUUUACUAUUCUUUGAUCCCCUUUCAAAACUCGAGCAAUAUUUGUAGUAUAUCUAUCCCAGAUAAAGAAAGAUCCAUCAUCCGAACCAGCAAUGAUGAACUGACCAUCA